ACAGGUGUUGCUGGUUCAGUUGAUUCUUCUGUGACUACAUAAAGUCAAGCAUGGCAGUGUUGGAGUGUUUAGGUCAUGAUGUUGUGUAUCUGUUUUCUCCUUUGGGUUGGUUUAACAGCAAUGCUUGCUGAUGAAGCUGUGUCUCCCAUGUCAACCUCUGAGAGCAUGGAACCAAAACUUGAGGAGACGUUAGCUGUAGGUAUUGCAAUUGAGUGCUCAUAUGACUUUGUCAGGAUCAAAUGGCAGAUACCGAAAGAACUGGUGCCGUAUGCAGCUCGUUUCUUCCUUGGAAGUUGCAUGGCUUCCAACAUGACCGUUCUGCCCUCUGGAGAGGGAGAUGCAUCAUUUAACUACCCAUUCAGUGACUGUAAAUUCAAACGGGAGAUGAAAGGGAAACAUUUAAUGUUCCAAAAUGAGCUUACUUACAGACCAGAUGCUAGAAGUAAACCACCAGCCUUUCACUAUGGGUUUAAAUGCGUCUACAAAAGACCUGAAGGCUGGGUACCCCCUUUCCUAAAUCCUGGUUCAGGUGUUUCUGAAGGCCAUGGUGGCCUGAUCUUCUAUAUGGUCCUCCUCAAUGAUAAACUAGAGAUUGCAACAACAAAUGUUAUCCCCUUGGGCUCGUACAUUCCUAUAUGGGCUUCGGUUGAGCAGGAGGCCCAUCAGCCUUUGUUGCUGCUCCUGGAUGAGUGUGUGGCAGCAACCACAGCAGAGCUGAGGCCAGACAGCCAGGUGCACUACAUCAUUGGCAAUAAGGGGUGCCUUCUGGAAAGCAAAACUGGACACUCCCGGUUCCUUCCUCGGUACCACUCAUCAUCGCUCACGCUGUAUCUUCAAUCGUUCAGAUAUGGGGUUGGAGAGGAGGUGUACAUUCACUGCACCCUGGUUGCAUGGGAUCCCCAAGUUCUUGAUGAGAACAAGAAAGCAUGCCAUUAUGACAAAACAUAUGGAAGGUGGGAACUACUAGAUAACCCAUUUUGGAGCUCAGUUUGCAGUUGCUGUGACUCUUCCUGCAAGUCCAGGAUGAAAAGAGAUGCCGAAUGGGAACCCAGUGGCUUGACCUACAAAUCUGUGCUGGGUCCCCUGAUCAUAGUGGAUGGUUCUGACUCUGUCCCCAACAUGUCAGUCAAUGCUGAUUCGGCAUAACUGCAAUCAAGCUUCCUCUUCCAGGAAUGGCAGCUGAGCACAGGUGUUCAUAGCAAGGGAACUGACUCAAGCUGUUGGAGAACUUUAUCCUGAACAUGUUGUGACU